GACGGAGGCGACAGGGUCACUGGGAGAGAAUCUGCAGAGCCUUUCUUGGCCAGGGCUUGCUUUCUUCGGCUCCUGAGUUGGUUGGGUUAUUUGCGGUCGCCAAGGUCGGAGCUGCGAACGGAGGGGCUCGCUGCGCGCUGUCUGGGUGCUGCUGCCUCACUCGUAGGUGUAGCCCGAUGGUACGGCAAGCCGUGGACUAUUAAGACUCUGGAGCGAAUUUAAGAAGAUUUUAUUCAUGUGCAUGGUAUAGAAGAUGAAUUCUUCCUCCUCCACCAUGAAUGAAGAACCUGAUGCUCUAUCGGUAGUUAACCAGCUACGAGAUCUAGCAGCGGAUCCCUUAAACAGAAGAGCCAUCGUCCAGGAUCAGGGGUGUCUGCCUGGCCUGAUUUUAUUUAUGGACCAUCCCAACCCCCCUGUUGUUCACUCUGCUUUGCUUGCUCUUCGAUACUUGGCAGAGUGCCGUGCAAACAGAGAGAAGAUGAAAGGAGAACUGGGUAUGAUGUUGAGCUUGCAAAAUGUUAUACAGAAGACUACAACUCCGGGAGAAACAAAACUUCUGGCCUCUGAAAUCUAUGACAUUCUUCAGUCCUCCAAUAUGGCAGAUGGUGAUAGUUUCAAUGAAAUGAAUUCACGUCGAAGGAAAGCUCAGUUUUUCCUAGGAACUACAAACAAACGUGCCAAAACAGUGGUUUUGCAUAUAGAUGGUCUUGAUGAUACGUCUCGGAGAAAUCUAUGUGAAGAAGCUUUGUUAAAAAUUAAAGGCGUUAUUAGCUUUACUUUUCAAAUGGCUGUUCAAAGAUGUGUGGUGCGAAUCCGUUCCGAUUUGAAGGCAGAGGCUUUGGCAUCAGCGAUAGCAUCGACCAAGGUUAUGAAAGCACAGCAAGUCGUGAAAAGUGAAAGUGGAGAAGAGAUGUUGGUCCCAUUUCAAGAUACUCCUGUGGAAGUAGAGCAGAACACAGAGCUGCCUGACUACCUGCCCGAGGAUGAGAGUCCCUCAAAAGAGCAGGACAAAGCAGUGUCCCGUAUGGGCUCACACCCAGAGGGUGGAGCUAGUUGGCUGAGCACAGCUGCAAACUUUUUAUCCAGAUCAUUCUACUGGUGACUUCAGUUUGGGGCUCAAGGACUGUGUGAACCAACAAGGGGCCAGCUUUCCAUUGUUGUGGUGAUCUGUCAAGUGCAAUUUGCAAUAAGUUAUCAUGAAAAGUUUUUAGAUUACAUGAUUGCGUAUGCUGCAUUUUACAUCUUACUGGACAUUUUACCCCCCCCCACUGAGUGGUAAAAAGGACAGAGGCUACGGGUAGAAUUGCUUUAUGAAGGUAUUGUGGUUUUGUUUUCCUUCAUUUAAUUGCCUCACUUUUUAAACAUGGGUCCACUGUUAAAACCGAACAUGUAUGUGCAGCUUUACAUUUUAUUUUACAUGAAGCACGUGAUUAGGAAAACUUCUCCUCAAGCCUCAGGACCUAUUUGAAGAGUUUUUUUGGUAGCUCAAAUUGUGCAUGAAUUACUGAACAUUUUUCUCUGCUUUUCUUCAUGAAAGAUGCGAGCUUUGUUACUCUUCACUGAAAGUUGAAAACAUUUUUCAUUACCCCCCUUUUGUGCCUUUUUUUAUUUUGCCAACCAUGUUUAUCGAAAGGAUAUUACUAACGACAUAUUGCAAAUUAAAGUAUAUCCAUUUGAACAUAGUAGUCCCCUAAAAAUACAACUCUACAAAAACUUAGCAGUCUUAUUUGUUAUAAUUUUAGUAAGGUUAACACAAAAUCAUUUGAGAAGGAUUUUGGAGAGUGUUUGAAUGUGACCAAAUGUGUUACUAGAUCGCUACUGUUCACUUUGGUUUAUAUCAGCUCCGAGGAGCUGAUUCCCCCACGAUAUUGCAAGCAACUGUCAAUGGUCUCUAGGCCUUACUUUAGGAUUACACACUAUCUUCUUCUAGAAAAAAAUAAUUGUAGUAAAAAACUGACAGACUUGAAAAAAGAAAACAAAAGUCGAAUGCCUGUAAUGCCAUAGUGCCACUUUGGGAGAGUCUAAUUUUAAAACAUGAAUUGUUUGGCAGAAGCCUAUUCAGUAGAUGUUUCUUCAUGUUUUCUUUUAUGAAUUUAUUAUUAAAAUGCUACAGUCGUAUUGAAUGAAAAAAGACCCACAUUAUUGCUUAUAAAGAAAUAAAGCCAGCAUUGGUCACUUAAUCUUGUUUCUCAUGUCCAACCAGAAAAAAAGAACUUCAGUGAAGGUAAGAUUAAAUAAAUAUAUUUACAUAUAUAUAUAUUUUGGUAGGUAAUGUAUGUAAUGCUUUAUUAAAUUUCUGAAAUAUUUGAUAACUAAAAUUUCCUUUUUAGAAAUCAGCUAAAUCCGGAUACAUUUUAAUGUUAAUAUGACUAAAAACUAAUAGGAAAGAACUGAAAUUCCUUUGUCACCAACAUGUAGAGCUGCUAUUUUACUACUAGGAGAAUGUGAAGUGAAAAUUGGAUCCUGAAGGUUUUCCUUGUAUUUUCAUCAACUCUCUUAGAGAAAAUUGUAAGUGUCCACUGUCAUUAGAAAAGAAGUAAUUAUAAAUUUGUCAUCAUCAGUAAGUCUUGAGUUCACUAACAUUGUGACCUACUGGAAGGAAUUAUUGAGGAUAUUGAGGUGAUAGUCCAUGUGUUUGGUCUCAGGUUCAAGUGAUACGCACAAAUUGAAAACAGAAGCUUUCGGAGCUCGUAUUGCUCUAAAUGCAUACUACUAUACAACUUGGUGCCAGAACCAGAGUGUUGAAGAAAGAAAAAACCACCUCCUUUCCAUAGCCAUUAAAGCAAAGUUUACUGUUCUGUUCUAACAAGAGUUUAUUUUAUUUCACCUUGCCACACAUCUGCUUAUUUAAAAAACUAUGUCCCUUUGGCAGUAAAGGUUCAGUACCAGUAGGUAUAUUACAGCUUGACAUUUGUGUGUCCGAGGUAUCUUUUAUUCCAGGUCAUAUAGACAAGUUAAGGCAACUGUAACAGCACUUUUUGAAAUAUAUUGUAAAAUAAUAAAGGGUAACAUAAUUAAAAUUGAAUGGAUAUUA